UCCCACACUCUUCUUCUCUAUCACUCUUACAUCGAUACUUCUCAUUAAUUCAAAAUGGUCGUUGCUACCAUCAAAUGUGUCGUGGUGGGGGACGGUGCAGUAGGAAAGACCUGUCUACUCAUCUCAUACACAACGAACAAGUUCCCUUCGGAAUAUGUCCCCACUGUCUUUGACAACUACGCUGUGACCGUGAUGAUCGGCGAUGAGCCUUACACCCUGGGACUGUUCGAUACCGCCGGUCAAGAGGAUUACGACCGCCUGCGCCCGCUCUCUUACCCACAGACUGACGUGUUCUUGGUCUGCUUCUCCGUCACUUCACCUGCCUCAUUCGAGAACGUCCGCGAAAAGUGGUUCCCCGAAGUCCACCACCACUGCCCCGGUGUUCCCUGCCUGAUCGUUGGUACCCAGACCGAUUUGCGCGACGAUGCCGGAGUCCGGGAUAAGCUCGCCCGUCAAAAGAUGUCUCCCAUCCGCAAGGAAGACGGUGACCGGAUGGCUAAGGAGCUUGGCGCUGUUAAAUACGUCGAGUGUUCUGCCCUGACACAGUAUAAGCUCAAGGACGUCUUUGAUGAGGCUAUUGUCGCGGCACUCGAACCCGCGCCCAAGAAGAAGUCAAGGGGCUGCCGCUUGCUGUGAACUUAUCCUUCACGGACUUAUCGCAACA